AUGUUCAAGCGAUUUACAGAACGGGCCAGACGGGUAAUUAUCCUCGCCAGAGAAGAAGCGGAGCGCCAUCACCACGAGUAUCUGGGGCCCGAGCACAUCUUGCUGGGCAUGCUGAAAGACGGGGGUGGCAUUGCCAUUACCGUGCUGCAGAAGGCCGGCUUGAGCAUUGAUCACGUUCGGAUGGAAAUCGAGCGCCACCUGCCGCGUAAUGCCAACGCGCUGAUCGUCGGCGAGAUUCCGUUCACUCCGAAAGCCAAGAAGGUGCUGGAGUACGGUGUGGAAGAAGCCCGCCUCAUGGGCCACAACUACAUCGGUACCGAGCACCUGCUCCUUGGCCUCCUCAAGGAAAAAGAGGGCAUUGGUGCCAAGGUGCUGAAUAAUCUGGGUAUCCGUCUCGUCGAAACGCGUGAAAAGAUUCUCAACCUGCUGCAGGAACCCACGACGAAGACCAAGGAAAAAAGUAAGACCCCGGCGCUGGACGAAUUCGGCCGCGACCUCACCGAGUUGGGCCAGAACGGCAAGCUUGACCCGGUCAUCGGGCGCGAGAACGAGAUUGAGCGCGUGGUGCAAAUCCUGAGCCGGCGGACCAAGAACAACCCGGUGCUCAUCGGCGAGCCCGGUGUCGGCAAGACGGCGAUCGUGGAGGGGCUGGCGCAGCGUAUCGUCAACCGCGAGGUGCCGCAGUUGCUGUUUGACCGCCGCGUGGUGGCUCUUGAUCUCGGGGGCAUUGGUGGCCGGCACGAAGUAUCGUGGCCAGUUCGAAGCGCGCAUGAAGGCGAUCAUGAAAGAAAUCGUGCAGGCGGAAAACAUCAUCAUUUUUAUCGAUGA